ACAUCGCCCACUACUACUGCAGCCCCAACUACAACUGCAGCACCCACUACAACCACAGCACCAACAACAACUACAGCACCCACAACAACCACAGCACCAACAACCACUGCCCCACCAACAACCACAGUCCCAACUACAACUACAGCACCGACAACAACUGCAGCACCUACUACAACUGCAGCCCCAACUACAACCACAUCUCCCACUACAACUGCAACCCCAACUACAACUACUACAACCACAUCGCCCACUACAACUGCAACCCCAACUACAACUGCAGCACCCACUACAACUGCAGCCCCAACUACAACCACAUCGCCCACUACAACUACAGGCCCAACUACAACCAUAUCGCCCACUACAACUGCAGCCCCAACUACAACUGCAGUACCCACUACAACUGCAGCCCCAACUACAACCACAUCGCCCACUACAACUGCAACCCCAACUACAACUGCAGCACCCACUACAACUGCAGCCCCAACUACAACCACAUCGCCCACUACAACUGCAGCCCCAACUACAACUGCAACACCCACUACAACUGCAGCCCCAACUACAACCACAUCGCCCACUACAACUGCAGCCCCAACUACAACCACAUCGCCCACUACAACUGCAACCCCAAAUACAACUGCAGCACCCACUACUGCAGCACCCACUACAACUGCAGCCCCAACUACAACUGCAGCACCCACUACAACUGCAGCCCCAACUACAACCACAUCACCCACCUCAAUUGCAGAACCAACUACAACUGCAGCACCCACUACAACUGCAGCCCCAACUACAACCAUAUCGCCCACUACAACAGCAGCCCCAACUACAACCACAUCGCCCACUACAACUGCAACCCCAACUACAACUGCAGCACCCACUACAACUGCAGCCCCAACUACAACCACAUCGCCCACUACAACUGCAGCCCCAACUACAACUGCAGCACCCACUACAACUGCAGCCCCAACUACAACCACAUCGCCCACUACAACUGCAACCCCAACUACAACUGCAGCACCCACUACAACUGCAGCCCCAACUACAACCACAUCGCCCACUACAACUACAGCCCCAACUACAACCAUAUCGCCCACUACAACUGCAGCCCCAACUACAACCACAUCGCCCACUACAACUGCAACCCCAAAUACAACUGCAGCACCCACUACAACUGCAGCCCCAACUACAACCACAUCGCCCACUACAACUGCAGCCCCAAGUACAACUGCAGCACCCACUACAACUGCAGCCCCAACUACAACCACAUCGCACACUACAACUGCUGCCCCAACUACAACUGCAGCACCCACUACAACUGUAACCCCAACUACAACUGCAGCACCCUCUACAACUGCAACAACUGCUGUAACAACUACAACUGCAGCACCCACAACAACUGCAGCCCCAACUACAACCAUAUCGCCCACUACAACAGCAGCUCCAACUACAACCACAUCGCCCACUACAACUACAGCCCCAAGUACAACUGCAGCACCCACUACAACUGCAGCCCCAACUACAACUGCAGCACCAACUACAACUGCAGCACCCACUACAACCACAUCGCCCACUACAACUGCAGCCCCAAGUACAACUGCAGUACACACUACAACUGCAGCCCCAACUACAACCAUAUCGCCCACUACAACAGCAGCCCCAACUACAACCACAUCGCCCACUACAACUGCAACCCCAACUACAACUGCAGCACCCACUACAACUGCAGCCCCAACUACAACCACAUCGCCCACUACAACUGCAGCCCCAACUACAACUGCAGCACCCACUACAACUGCAGCCCCAACUACAACCACAUCGCCCACUACAACUGCAACCCCAACUACAACUGCAGCACCCACUACAACUGCAGCCCCAACUACAACCACAUCGCCCACUAAAACUACAGCCCCAACUACAACCAUAUCGCCCACUACAACUGCAGCCCCAACUACAACUGCAGUACCCACUACAACUGCAGCCCCAACUACAACCACAUCGCCCACUACAACUGCAACCCCAACUACAACUGCAGCACCCACUACAACUGCAGCCCCAACUACAACCACAUUGCACACUACAACUGCCGCCCCAACUACAACUGCAGCACCCACUACAACUGUAACCCCAACUACAGCAGCCCCAUCUACAACUGCAGCACCCUCUACAACUGCAGCCCCAACUACAACCAUAUCGCUCACUACAACAGCAGCCCCAACUACAGUUGCAGUACCAACUACAACUGCAGCACCCACUACAACUGCAGCCUCAACUACAACCAUAUCGCUCACUACAACAGCAGCCCCAACUACAACCACAUCGCCCACUACAACUGCAGCCCCAAGUACAACUGCAGCCCCUACUACAACUGCAGCACCCACUACAACUGUAACCACAACUACAACUGCAGCCCCAACUACAACCACAUCGCCCACUACAACUGCAGCCGCAAGUACAACUGCAGUACACACUACAACUGCAGCACCCACUACACCUUCAGCCCCAACUACAACCACAUCGCCCACUACAACUGCAGCCCCAAGUACAACUGCAGCACCCACUACAACUGCAGCCCCACCUACAACUGCAGCACCCACUACAACUGCAGCCCCAACUACAACCACAUCACCUACCUCAAUUGAAGAACUAACUACAACUGCAGCACCCACUACAACUGCAGCCCCAACUACAACCAUGUCGCCCACUACAACAGCAGUCCCAACUACAACCGCAUCGCCCACUACAACUGCAACCCCAACUACAACUGCAGCACCCACUACAACUGCACCCCACUUAAAACUGAAGUACUGA